AUGGCGUCUAUUCACGAUUUCGAGAACGACGAGGCAUGGAAAACAUACUUUUCAAACCUCGAAUUCGCCGGAGAGCCCACAGAGACGCAGAUAACCAAACUCAAGAACAAAUGGUACAAGAAAAACAUU